GUUGAUUUGAAAAAAGUGAAUAUGACGGUUAUCAGACCAUGGAUCGCGCAAAAAAUUGUUGAUUUAUUAGGAGGUGAAGACGAGGUUGUUGUUAAUUAUGUGUUUGGACUAUUAGAAGAAGCGGAUCUUGAUCCUAGAAUGAUGCAAAUCAACCUCACGGGUUUCCUGGAAAGAAAUGCUCCUAUUUUUGUCACAGAAUUAUGGAAAUUGCUUUUAUCAGCUCAAGAUUGUGAGAGUGGAAUUCCAGCAAUAUUUCUUGAGCAAAAAAUGGAAGAAAUCCGCAAAAGAAAGGAAGAUGAUGAGCGCGUCAUGGCUGAAAUUCGAAAGAGAC